AUGGCAUUGACGAUUCCACGAUUGCUUGGCGGCCUAUUUUUAGGUUGGGUAGUGUUCAUCGCGGUGUUAUUGCUCUUCCUUCUCAAGAUCUCAGUGCCUAUCGAGAUUACUGCGGUCUUCUCUCUGCUAUUCAUCCUUUUCCUGGUGUGGCUGCCAUUGUCCGCUUGGACUCUGGGUGCCCGCGACGCCUUGCUGUUCACUAGAACAAUCAGCCAGGUUUUCGACAGGCUUUACUUCAUCCUGGGGUACGUUUGUGGCCUCGAAUUGCUGCUACUGGGGUUUUUCAUCACCUACCAGGUGGUGGCGCGCAAACUGGACUGGAUCCAGGCCCCAGGUACAGACGUGAUGAGCGGCUACGUUUUGGCAAUGGCUGCUACCUGGGCAUUCUCAUACUCACUCCGCUCCGGCGCCCACGUGCGUAUUGACGUUCUGCUGCCGUAUAUGGGGCAGAAGACCCGAUCUACUGCCGACUGGAUGGCCAUGGCGGCUGUGCUUUUCCUGGGCUGGGUAACGAUGUGGAAGAUGUGGGAGACGGUGGCCAACAACUACACCCGCGGUGUGGUGACCAACGACUAUCCGCUCACACCGCUGUUCAUUCCCAAAAUCGUCGUAGCCCUAGGCUUUACCUUGCUGUGCGUGACCGCCAUACACAUGAUGUAUUUAAUGGUGGCGGAGUUCGUGCUCACCAACGUGAACCGUCUCCAGGGUGGCGAGGAAAUCGAGGCUCUGGAAGUCCUUACCGGAGAGGCUGCUGGUGCGGCCGAUUAG